AUGCCCAAGACCAAAUGGCGAUUAAACCUGAAAUUGGUAUUGCUCAUCUUUAUUGCUCAGAUCCAAAUCUCGGAAGCAGUGAAAUGUUUCGAUUGUGUUGGUAUGGAUUGUAUGGGGAGCUUUUGUGAAGGGGAUUACUGUAUGAUAUCACAGUACGCGCCAAGAUGGGGGUCAGCUAGAUGGGGAGAGCCGGAAAUUGUUAAGGGAUGCGCCAAAGGGUCCAUGCUAGCCAAGGACGUCAGGGACCACUGUGAAUUUGCCGAGGAUUCAGAUGAACCAUUCACGUGCUUCUGUAACGGAAAAGACCUCUGUAAUUCGAGAAAAACCAUUCGAAAAGUGGAGAGAGAAGAUGUGGAAUUAGUCCAAUGUGUGUGCAAUGGAGCGCAUUGUCGUAACGACAAAACGUGCAUCGGAGAGCUGUGUACUUUUGUGAAAAAUCACAAAACGAAACAAGUCGAACAAGGAUGCACAAAUGCAUCAGUGCCAUUGAUUGAGAGAAGAGCAAUUGGAUCGUGUAUGGCGCCGCCCAUUACUGGAGCAAUGCAUCAUGUGGCAAAGGAAGCUGAAUCUCUACUGGCCGUUGAGUCGUGUAUCUGUGGUACGGACUACUGUAACAGUGAAAAACCAUCGAUUAGUGUUCCGGAAAAAGAAAAAUGUAAUGCAUUGGUUGAAGUGACGACAAUGGGAACCACCACUCGAUCCGAGAAUAUCUCAUGCACUGGAGAAUUCUGUUUUACGGCCUCAAUAAAAUCCAAACUCGGUGUUAUGUCUUCCUACCGUAUCUAUGGAUGUGCUUCGUUCACUGGAGAAGAUGCACUUCCAGAGGAACUCGAUCCAACUGGAUGUGCCAUUUUUACAUCGGAGAGUUUGGAAACGAAAACUUGUUUCAAGACAAGCGAUCGGGCGGCUGUUGGUAGAGCACUUGCAUCGAAGCAAAUUCCAGAGUCGAAGGCUUCGAAACCUUCUAAAGGAAAAUCCUCGAAAUCAAAGCCAAAGCAAGUGGAAGUUGAGUACGAUGACGAAGAAGAAGAGGAAGAAGAGGAAAAAGCGGAAAAACCCAAGGGAAAAUCACCAAAAAAUCGUGAAAAAGCGGCUGAGGAGGCGAAAAAAGAGGAAAAAAUCAAGGAGGAAGAAGAGGAGGAAGAGGAACGAGAAGAAGAAGAGAAGGAAAAAGAAGAGAAAGAGGAAACAUCUACUAAGAAAUCGUUCAUUUUCCAAAAACCAACACAACCACCAAUUCCAGAUGAUUCAAAUACAACUAUGAUCACCGUCUUCGUUCUGAUCAUCAUCUGUAUUCUCGGCUCUGGCAUCGUCUGGAAGUUCGAGCUUCACAAGAAAUUGAGAAGAAGCAAUUACGAUUCGGUUGCCGGAGGAUAA